AUGUUAGAAGUAAUCCUAGAACGGGAGGUAGAGCUCUACCGAGCUGGUCACCGUAAACGAGAGCCCCGCCGCCGCUCGAGUGAACAGACGGUCUUACACUCAGACGCUUCAGCCGACGCGACAACCCGGAGCAACAUCGAUCUGUGGUUUCAGACAAUUCUUGCGUCUGAAUCUGAUUCUGCCGAGAGCAGCGAGACAGCGCUGACAAGAGGCUCGAUUUCAGAUCGUCUGACGCCGGCGCUUACGAAUCACCGUCCCAAGAGAUUACGAUCAUCAACAUGGAUCUGGGAGUAUGUACAUCGUAUGUGCGCCACUGGGAGAAUGGACCUCUAA